AUGCCAGCGGAUAACUGUGGUCGGACGCCGUUAUCCUAUGCAGCUGAAGGAUAUGAAGUGGUGGUCAGGCUACUGUUGGACCGACCAGAUAUCGAGACCGACUCGAAGGAUAACUUAGGUCGAACACCGUUAUCCUAUGCGGCUGAAGGUGGAUAUGAAGAGGUGGUUAGUCUACUACUAGAUCGACAAGAUGUUGAGGCGGACUCGAAGGAUAACUUAGGUCGGACACCGUUGCUAUAUGCGGCCUGGCGCGGUCAUAAAGCAGUGGUCAGGCGAUUGCUGGAUCGACAAGAUAUUGAGGCAGACUCAAAGGAUAAUGAUGGGUUGACUCCGAUAUCCUGUGCAGCUGGAGGUGGACACGAAGCGGUGGUCAGGCUAUUGCUGGACCGACCAGAUGUUGAGGCGGAUUCAAAGGAUAACCUGGGUCGGACACCGUUGCUAUAUGCGGCCUGGCGCGGACAUGAAGCGGUGGUCAGGCUAUUGCUGGACCGACAAGAUGUCGAGGCAGAUUCAAAGGCUAACUGGGGUCAGACACCAUUAUCCUUUGCAGCUGGAGGCGGAUAUGAAGCAGUGGUCAGGCUCCUACUGGACCGACCAGAUGUUGAGGCGGACUCGAAGGACAACUCAGGUCGAACGCCAUUAUUAUAUGCAGCCUGGCGCGGGCAUGAAGCAGUGAUAUCUUCUAAGAAUCUAUAG